CGCAGUAUCGGUGUUCGGCGGCCUGGCGCCGGUCUUUGAAUUGGAAAGUGCGGGAGCGGCAGUGUUUCCAGGAAUGCGGAGUGCGGACAGCGAUGGGGAGGCACAGCGGCCGCCAGACUUCUGGUUCAUGCGCAAGGUGUUCAGUUGGCGAGCAGCAGCUGCCAUUGCAUGGUCUGUGCUGUUGCUGCCUGUCUCCACAACUGUGUUUGUAAUGUUUAGUCGACCAAAUGUGUUCCACCCUGUUCAAUGGAUUACAGAGACAUUGAACCACCUGAAUAGUUCUUAUAUAAUGUUUUCUUUCCUGGUGCUCUGUGGAGCUGCGGUGAUUAUUGGAAUCUUCAAUAUGGAAUAUUAUACAGUGGAGCCUUCUAUUCCGUGUAGUCGGAUAGCACUCAUAGGGAAUGUGUUCCAUCCUCAUCGGUUCAUUCAUUCAGUGGUCCAUGCAGUGAUCGGAAUGCUGAUGGCCUGGUGUGCUGCUGUCAUAGCUGGGGGGCGUUACCAGAUGAUCAGUGUACCUUGUUCGUCUCAGGACAGUUCUGCAUCCAGUGGCAGCAUGUGCCUGAAUGAGUUUCAUGUUUUCUUAUUGAUGGAAGGAGCAUUUAUCGGAUACAGUUACAGUCUGCUUUAUUUUAUUAACAACUUAAAUUAUUUAUCUUUCCCAACUCUGCAGCAAUUCAAGUACCUGCGUUUUAAAGCAAACCUGCCACUGGUCAUUAAAUACAGUGCUGUGCAGUCAUUGUAUUUCCUCAGGAACUACUGCAUCCUUUACUACUUUCUAGGUUAUGUGCCAAGAGCUUGGAUAAGUGCCUCAACGACCCUUCAAAAGGACAGCAUACAGCAUUCCCUGGAUACCCUGACUGGACUGUUUGACUUGCCGCUACUCUACACGACCUGGCUAAGUGGUACAUUUCUCUUGGUUACCUGGUACGUUACAUGGGUGCUCUUUAAAAUCUUUGUCACAGAGGUAUUCCAAUUUUCUGUGCAGUCCACUUUUGGAGAGGAUGGCGAUCAGUGUCUUCCUAAAAUUCUAACUGCCAAUGUUUCCCCUUGUGUAAAGUACCUUGCAUUGCAAGAUUUGGCCUUGCUUUCUCAAUAUUCACCCUGUCGAAGACAAGAAGUAUUCAGCCUUAGCCAACCAGGUGGCCAUCCUCAUAAUUGGAUAGCCAUAUCAGGUGAAUGCUUAGCCUUGCUAAAUGACCUAACACACAAGCUGAUCGAGUAUCAGGAAGCCUUAGCCGCCAAUGGUCGAGUCAAACCAUAUCCCACUCCUGGAGAAGGUCACCAGUCAAGUACAUCAGAAACAUCUUGUCUUGAAGAGCCUGCCAGCUACCAGCCUUCCCGAAAGAUGCCAUUCCGUACUCCUUUUCCCCAAAGCCCCCUGGAUUCACCAAUGAACAAGUCCUCCUCCUUGAAGAGCCUCCUCAGCCUCCCCUUUACACCAGAUUUGGGCAGUCCUUUUGACUCGUCUGCUGUGACCCACUUGAAUGACUUAGGUUCUCCUUACUAUGGCUCAGUGCAGGGCCCUCGUUUACUGAAGCGGGGACCAAAAAUUUGGUCGUCAGCAUCUCGUUCCACAGAGACCUUGGCGAACACAAGUCAAUUUGCUGGUCAAGCUGCCCAGGUUGGCAGCAGAACUCCUGAAGUAACCAAGCACAGUCCUAUUUCAGAUUGGAUACUUCAGAGACAAGAACAGGUCAAAACUUUUGUGUUGAAACGGGGGCAGAUAAUGUAUUUAUUUAACAAGCUUCCGGAAGCUUCAAGUCAGGCCUUGUUUGCGAACAGUCAAGCACACAUUUGGGCUCUUGAAGCCCUUUCUCAUCUUGUGACGGCCUCAUUUACAGAGGACAGAUAUGGUGUAGUGCAAACAAUGCUGUCGUCUAUUCUGUCAUCCAUGCUCUCUCUCCAGGAGGCUGUUGACAAACAUUUUAAGCUACCUCAUGCCUCUAGCAAGCCAGCAAGAUCCACAGGUACUCUGAUAGAUUCUUCUUACAAGACUUUGAGAUUUGCCCUUCGUGCUUCCCUGAAAACUGCAAUUUACAGGAUAACCACUACCUUUGGAGAGCAUUUAAAGGCUGUCCAACUAUCAUCAGAACACAGAAAAAGGCUGCAACAGUUUCUGGAAUACAAGGAAUGAAAUGAAUUGAAAUCUUCGAGUCCUAGUGCUCACAGGGUCAAAACUUUAUAACACACUACCAGCAUUGUCCGUUUGCUGUUCUAAAGUUCCCUUUUAUAUCCUGACAAAUGUAGGAUUUUUGUUUCAAACUGUUAAGAGAAAUCCUAAAAUUUCAUGGGAAGAGACUUCUCAGCUGAAAAUUUGCUUUUGUACAGUACAAAAUUUUGUGUAUGAUUGUAAAAAAAAUAAUGUAUUUCUUGAAGUGCUGUUUGGAAUUGAGCAAGCUUGUAUCUGAGUUUCUACAUUUUUGACAUGUGUAUCUAUGCAUAUCUAAAUAAAUGAUCAACUUUACUGAACCUUUGACUAAUACAAGUUACAAUAGACUAUUACAAUAUAAAUGUUGGGAAAGAAAACAAACAACUGUUGAUGUUGCAAAUCUGAAAGUAAACCAUAAAAUACAGAAAAUGUUCAGCAUCUUUGGAGAGUUUGUUAUAGAGAAGGGUUUGAAUGGAGACCAAGUGAGAAUUAAUGGAAUGGCCGGGGUUUCUGUCUAUUCUGUCUGGAGCAGGUGAAGGUGAAUAUAGAAAUUUAAGAUGACCAGAAUACCAUAUUUGUAUUAGAACUGGCCAGUAACAUUAGUUUUACUGGAUAGUUAAAUGUUUUUCUCUCUCCAUGAAUGCUGCCUGACCAGCUAAAUAUUUUUCAGUGCUUUAUCUCAAUGCACCUCCUUCAGACAGAUCAGCACUGAUUAACCAGACUCCAGCUUCCUCUUCUCAACUGGUACCACCAUCUGUAUCAUUCAGUUUCUCUUGGUCUUUGCCCUAAUACACUUCUUUGUAACCGUCCCCUUCUCUGCAACUUAAAAUGUGCUUGUUUUCUAGUAUCAAUGAAAAGAUAUCAACUUAAAACAUUAAUUGCUUAAAACUAAUCUACUGUUUGCAAUAUUUUUGAUUUUUUGUAUUUGGAGAAGAUUUUGUAUACGAUUCUGUAUUCUAAACUAGGUUACAUAAUAUGAUCCCAGUAAAAGGCUUUUUUAUCAAUUUUCAGAUGCAAAUCUAGUUGGCAAAUACAGUGGAUUCAGGUUGAUUGGCCAUGUUAAUUAGGACAGCUGCUUAUUUGGGACAACUCUUGGAACAAAAACUAAUCAAGACGAUAGCCAUAAUUUCCUUCAUUUAUUUGGGACACUGCCGCUUAAUAGGAACUGGACACUGCUGCCAAACGGUUUCUAACUAGCUUCAAUCACGCACACUUGUGUGGCCAUUAGACACUACAUCAUGCUUAGAGCAAACAAUUUUUAAAUAGCCUCAGUUGUGUAUGCUUGUGUUAUGUUAUUCAUUUGGGCUGACCAAUACCAAAUUAAAAAGCGGUGAUUUUUGAUA